GUUGACUCUCGCCGCCAUCUCACGAACACCGACCAGCUUCCCUCGGACUCUGACGACGGCGAGUGGCAAAUAUGCAAGCGACCCCUGCACCCACAGAAGCCCCUGGCUCUCCGCAGCCUUCGCAAACAACAGCUUCGCAACAACCAUUUCCUGAGCAGCCCUAUAACACCGACACCCUCCCCUUCCAUAUCCUCACCGCAUUCUUUGAGAAGCUACAAGGAGAGCGUAAGCAGGAGAAGCGCAGGAAGCUACUCAACCACUGGUUCAACAAAUGGAGAGAAGACAAUGGACCAGACCUGUAUCCUGUACUGAGACUGAUUCUUCCGCAUCGCGACCGAGAACGCAAUGUGUAUGGCCUGAAAGAGAAGGCACUCGCCAAGUUAUACAUCAAGGUGAUACCCUUGAAUAAGAACGACCCAGAUGCUAUGCGGCUGCUGUACUGGAAGAAACCGACAGAGAAGCAUGCAAGUACUUGCGCAAGCUCUGCUGCAUCUGGAGACUUUCCGACCGUGCUUUACGAGGUCGUCAGCAAGCGUUCCUCGGUCACUCAGAGCACCUUGACCAUCGACGACAUAAACGACAUGCUCGACCAGCUUGCCGACAUGUCGAACAAGUCAGAGAAGCAGUCGAAGAUCAUCCAAAGACUUUACAAUGAGGCGACACCCGAGCAGCAGCUUUGGUUUGCGCGCAUCAUUCUCAAGGACAUGAACAUCUCCGUCAAGGAGACCACCGUCUUCGCCGUCUUCCACCCCGACGCGCAGGCGCUCUACAACACUUGCUCCGACCUCAAGAAGGUGGCAUGGCAGCUCGCAGAUCCGAGCAUCCGACUCCAUGAAGAUGAGAAGCAAGUAAAGCUCGGCCAGCCUUUCAUGCCCAUGCUCUGCAAGCGGCCCAUGAAGCGGAUUGAGGAUACGGCGCAGGAGAUGGACGGCUCUGAGUUCAUCAUUGAGGAGAAGCUGGACGGCGAGCGAAUGCAGUUGCACAAGAUGGGGAACCAGUACUACUACUCUUCGAGGAAAGGCAAGGACUACACCUACCUCUACGGCUCGCACGUUGGCGCCGGAAGUCUGACCCCUUACAUCGCGCACCGCUUCCACAAGCAGGCCGACUCCGCCAUCCUCGACGGCGAAAUGCUCGUCUGGGACCCCAUCUCCGGGCGCAACCUCCCCUUCGGCACCCUCAAAACCGCCGCCCUCGACCAGUCCAAAAAGCAAGCCGCGCCCCGCCCCUGCCUCAAAGUCUUCGACCUCCUGUACCUCAACGGAAAGUCCCUCAUCGACAAGUCCACCGCCUUCCGCAAGAAGAACAUGCGCCUGGUCAUCGAGGCGCUGCCCGGGCGGAUCGAGUUCGUCGACGAGUUCAAGGGGCGGACGGCGCAGGACAUACGGGAGAAGAUGGACGAGGUGAUGGCGAAUCGGGGGGAGGGGCUGGUGAUUAAGCACCCGAAGUCGCAGUAUGUGCUGAAUGGGAGGAAUAAUGAUUGGAUUAAGGUGAAGCCGGAGUAUAUGGACAACAUGGGCGAGACCGUGGACGUGCUCGUCGUCGCCGGCAACUACGGGUCUGGCAGACGGUCCGGCGGCGUCUCGACCCUCAUCUGCGCCGUCUUCGACGACCGGAAUACAGGCAGCUUCAACGAGAAUGAAUCCAAAUUCAGCACCUUUGUCCGCGUCGGGUCUGGCCUAACGUACGCCGACUACAUGUGGCUGCGCGCGAAAAACUGGAAGACGUGGGACGCCAAGAACUCGCCGACGUACUUGCAGACAGCGAAGCGGUCGCAUGAAGACAAGGGGGAUGUGUAUUUGGAGUACGAGGACACGUUCAUCCUGAAGGUCAAGGCAGCGGAAAUCACGCCGUCUGACCAGUACCAUGUCCGCUACACGAUGCGCUUUCCUCGCGCGCUGUCCAUCCGGGAGGAGAUGGCUCCGGGGGACUGCAUGACGGCGAGUGCCGUCGUCGAGCAGCUGAAGACCGCGAAAAAGCGCAAGAUGGAGACGAAUAAGGUCUCGUCCACGAAGAAACGCAAGGUCGUGAAGAAGAAGGUGGAGAUGCUCCCGCGCUUCGACGGACCGGAUAUGAAGGACGUGAAGGAGGAGAGCGAUUUGUUCAAGGGAAUGAAGUUUGUCGUCAUCUCCGACCCGAAGGCAAGGACGGGCGAGGAGGACAGGAAGAAGUUGAUGAAGCUCAUCCGCUCGCAUGGGGGACAGUGCCCGCAGUUCGCGAAGGACCCGGCUGCAAUUGUGGUGUACAAUGGGACGUCGACGCCCUACGACCUCCAACUCAUCAUCCGGAAGGACACGAAUGACGUGGUGCGCCCUCAGUGGGUGAUGGACUGUAUCGCAAAGGGCGAGUUGGUGCCGAUGGAGAAGAAAUAUUUCUUCUUCGCCACCACAGCGCGCAAAGAGACCGCCGAGUACGGCGAGGAUGGCGGUGCUGAAUCGAGCGGCAGCGUGACGCAGGAGUCGUCGGAUGAUGAGGCCGCCGCGGAGACGUCGCAGAGCAGCAAGAAGCGCAAGCGAGCUGGCAAGUCGGCGGAACCGGAAACGCAGGACAAGACCGCCGACGAGGAGAAGGCCACACCUGCACCCUCGAAGCCCAAGGUCGACCUGGACCCGGGGCUUGCGGCGUGGCUGGGCUAUGACGAGGACGACGCGGCGGGAGUGGAGGACGAUGCAGGGGAGAAAGACGAGCGCGGUGGCCGAGACGACGUCGAGUCCGACAACGACUCGGACAAUCAAGAUGUCAAGGACGAAGAGGAAGAGGAUGACAUGGCCUUCUGGUUCAACGAGGACGACGGAGAUGACUCUGCCACGGCCACGCUUCCCACGCAAAAGACCACACAAUCGACCGCCGACACGCAGAAGGGGGAUGACGCCCCCACGACGCAACCGGAAGUGAAGAUGGGCGACGACAACGCGAUGCAUUACGACGAGGAGCUCAUAUUCAAGUACCUAUGCUUCUACCUCGACUCGCCCUCCAACGCACGCGCAUCCGGCAUGUCCGUUAAAUCGACCGCACAUGAGGAUGAGAUCAACGAGAGCUUUGAAGAGCUGAGAUCGAAGAUCGAGAGCAACGGAGGCCGAGUGGUCGACCUGAGCGAGCCGAAGUUGACGCAUGUCGUGCUGGAUAAGCGGGAUUUGAGCAGGAGGAUAGAUCUCAUGAGGCGCACGUCGAAGCCGAAACGCCGGCAUCUCGUGUUAACCGCGUAUAUCGACGCGUGUCUGGAGGAGAACACGCUACUGGACGAAGAUGACUUCGCGCCGUAGACCGGUUUGCAAGUGAUUUGGAGUUAGCAAAUUCGGGUAGGAUAUCUAAGGACUUUGUAUAUGUAAAGUAGAGCAGGCAACAUACCAAUGAAGCGCUGGAUCGCCGGAGUCGAAGUAGACUUAGCAUGAU